AAAGAUACAUCAAUACAGUUUGCAGCCGGGAAACAUGACAAAAUUAAAAAAUUAGACGCAUUUCAUUUUUCAGAUAUGAACUAUUGUCAAUCUUCGCUUUGCUUCGCCAAUCAAUUCAAUUCUCCUUGCUUCAGUCUUAAAUCCAUAACCUUUAGAAUUCUGAAAGCUACUUGAGUUCAUACAAACUACUAGGUUACACCAAAGCAUAGACCAGGAGCAUAUCAAGAUAGACAUGUUUAAAAAAACACUUAACACUGAUUUUUACGGGGCCUUGACCGAAUCUCUAAAUUUAAGUCAGAGCAUUUUCCAACAGGACUUCGCUUAGUAAAGUUAAACGCUCAUUUUGUCUCUUUUCAGAAAGUGAGUACACUUUUGGAAAUCCGAGUAUUUUCUAGUAUAUUUGCUUUUAAUCUGCAGUCCUUAAAUACUUAUCUCGAUGGAGAAGGAACGCAAAAGAUGGUUACUAGUUCUUUUUUUUUCAUCCACCUGUAGAUACCUGGGGUUAGACGUUAGGAAAAAACAUUUUCUGCUUAAUAGAUUACCGCAUUCUCUUAUUUUUGGAGCUCCACUGGCACACUGUGCGCGCUGGGGCUCCGGUAUCAUAUUGUAUUCAUUCUUUCCAGCUCCAGAGAAUAACUCAUCAUCGUCACCAUUUUUAACAUUACCGGCAUGCGGUUUCCGCCCUACUAAAUCCCUCGUGAUUGGUGGUCUAAACGCCACGCCCAACUCAUGGCCGUGGAUUAUUUCACUCCAAAAAAGUGGAGCUCAUCAUUGUGGUGGUUCAUUGAUUAGAAUCAACUGGGUUCUUACUGCCGCUCACUGCCUAUUUGAACGGACGCCAAGUCUGUACAAGGUUGUUGUUGGUGCACAUUCCUUGUCCGGUUCGACGCCUGUUCAAGAAACAUUCAGAGUCAAAAGGGUUAUAAUGCAUCCUAAGUUUAGCUUUGACACAGGAAAAAAUGACAUCGCACUUUUGGAGUUAGAUGGCAAUGUCACACGGAGCCUUAGGGUAAAUCUGGUCUGCUUGCCACAACAAGGGUCUAGAAUUCCACCAGGAACACGAUGUACUAUCGCUGGCUGGGGAUUCAUCCGUGCAUUUGGACCUGGGGCCGACAUCCUCCAGCAAGCCGAACUGGCUGUUGCUAGUCACAGUGACUGCGUAAAACGCAACAGUGCCUUUCCUGUGACAUUUCCUGUAGAUAAGAGGUCGAUGUUGUGCGCUGGAGGUCAAGGAGACAUUGGUAUUUGCUCGGGGGACAGUGGCGGACCUUUUUCUUGUCUUGAAGGAACCCGUUGGGUCUUGAGAGGGGUCAUGAGUUGGAGGCCCGCUCAGUGCCAAACCGAUUCCUACUCGGUGUUUGCCCGGGUCAGCAGUUUCAUUAAUUGGAUCAACCAAAAUAUAUCAGGGUGAUGCCAUUCCACCAAUUUUCAGUCAAUGUAGUUUCCUUAAGAGCAGUUAAAAUGGGUCAAGUCAAGGAGACUAGGAACCAUUCUAUAGAAAUUAAGCGCAAUAACAAUGUCAAUUUAGCCGGAUAGGAUAAUGAAGUUUUAGUUGAAUAAAGAUAUUUUUUAAGUAAAA